CAUGAAGAAUAUGAAGCACAUGAGGCACCGAGAGAGACAAUGGGCUUCUUCUGAAUAAUUCAGCACGGGCAGAGCUGUGAAAGAAAAGAGAGACAGAAGGCAGAGCAGGUGUCUGAUCUCACCUCAGACGCCUUUUUGUCCUCUCCUGCAUUCCACACUGAGGACAAGGACAGGAGUGGCUUUAUGCACAUACACCUGUAGGACCGGUUUUGCAAAUCACGUGACACUUGUGGAAUUUUUUCCACCUCUCUCUCUCUCUCUCUCUCUCUCUCUCUCUAUCUCUCUCUCUCGCUCUCUCGUUCGCUCGCUCUCUGUUCCACUGCAGAAGAUGGCAGAAGUGACGAACCAGGCGGCCACCUCGUUCCCGGCGCCCACCAUCUCCCUGCCACUUGGGCUGGAAGUCAUCAGGACCUACUCCGGAGCACUGAUCUGCAUGGAGAUUGUCUUUGGGGGUUUGGUUUGGAUUCUCGUGGCCUCCUCGAACAUCCCUGUGCCGCUGCUCCAGGGCUGGGUCAUGUUUGUGUCUAUCACUGCGUUCUGCUGCUCCACGGCCUACCUCGCCCUCUUCCUGCUUGGCUUAGCAAGCCGAAUCAACACCGACUGGAACUUCAUGGAUAUGAUGUACCACUUCGCUGCCCUGCUCUUCUACUUCACGGCGUUUGUGCUGGAAGCUGCGACGACGUCCGGAGCACGAAAGCAGUACGCGAACAACACAACGUGUGUCCUCAGACCCAGCUCUAACAUCAUCACCUUCAUGGAUUUCAGACAGUACAGUAUUAACGUGGUGGCUACGAUAUUCGCGUUCAUAGUGACCGUGUGUUACGGCUGCAGCCUGUUCAUGGGCUUUAAGCGAUGGAGGAAGUGAAGAUGAGACUCCGCCUUCACAGAGACGCUCCCUGAUCACACGUUUACUCCAA